AUGCUCUAUGUGAUGAGGCUAGGGACAUGGUCCGUGUGGACACUGGUCAACAGCUGCUACUGUUUGUUAAUCCUGGUCGGAAAACUCAUACAGAGCAUUGUGUUUGGGGAACUACGCGUCAUCGAACAGCAGCAUCUGAAGGACAAGUUUUGGAACUUUGUCUUCUACAAGUUCAUCUUCAUCUUUGGAGUCAUGAACGUGCAGAGCAUGGACGAGGUGGUCUUGUGGGUGGCCUGGUUCUCCGGCCUAGGCUUCCUGCAUUUGUUGACCCAGUUGUCCAAGGAUAGAUCAGAAUAUUUGUCGUACUCGCCGGCCACACCGUGGUCAGCACAUGUCAAGCUACUGUCGCUGCUGGUGGUGAUCCUGCUGCUGUGUCUGGCACUGCUGGUUGGCUGCGUCUGGGUGGCCAUCAACGUCAGCUUCACCAUCUUUACGUUUCUAGCUGCAGAGAGUGUACUAGUGAUGCUGAAGAGUUCCUAUGUAGUUGUUCGUUACCUGAUCCAGCUGUGGGACAUGAGCCUGGAGGGCGUCUGGGAGGGUCGCUCUGUCUACCUCUACUACACCGAGCUGUUGUUUGAGCUGGUCAUCCUUGGAGUGGACUUUGCUCACCAUCUGCACAUGCUGCUGUACGGUAACAUAUUCCUGAGUAUGGCCAGCCUAGUGAUCUGUAUGCAGCUUAGGUUCCUUUUCUACGAGUUCCAGCGUCGCAUCCGUCGGCACAAGAAUUACCUUCGGGUUGUCAAGGACAUGGAGUCAAAGUUUCCCAUGGCCACACAAGAAGACCUGGAGCAGAACGCGGAUGAUUGUGCUAUUUGCUGGGAGAAAAUGAAUGCUGCUAGGAAGCUACCUUGUGGGCAUCUGUUUCAUAACUCAUGCUUACGAUCGUGGUUGGAACAGGACACCUCAUGUCCUACAUGUCGUACAGCUCUGAGUGAAACAGGAAGGAGGGAACGGCAGGAGGCUGGGCAGCCAAGAGGAGCUAACCUCGCUGAUGCUGUUGUAGCUCAAGCUAACCAGCAGACUACAAACCACUUCUUUCAUUUUGAUGGCUCCAGGUAUGUGAGCUGGCUGCCGAGCUUCUCUGUAGAGGUGACCCACACGAACCUGAUGCCGGGUCAACAGGCUCACGCCACGCAGACCUCCCAGCUGGACAACAUGGCUCGAGAAGUUCAGAUCGUGUUUCCCAGCAUCCCUCAGUCUGUAAUCAUGGAGGAUCUACGUCUGACCCGCUCUGUGGACUUGACCAUUGAUAAUAUUCUAGAAGGUCGCAUUAUUGUGCCCCAGGUUGUUUUUUUGUGUGUGUAUAUUUCUGACUGUAACAAAAGUUUUGCACUUUGCUGCUUGUUUCAGAGUUUGCCCAGUCUGACAUCUGGAUCCAGUGUAGAGAGUCAACAGUUUGGGGCUCAGUCUCUCCCUAGCCUGGAUCAGGAUCUCCAAGUUGAGGCUGAGGCAGCCACAGACCACAGAGAAGUCCAAGAUUCUGUCACCCCGAAUGUGACCUCUGGUAGCCGGUUCUCCAAGUCUGCUUCCGAGAGGAUGAACAUGUUGGAGCAGCGGAAACAGGUCAUGUUGGAGCAAGCCAGACGAGCCUACCAGGCAAGUCAGGACCGAAUGUUGUCUGCGGAACUGUCUUCUUCACAGCUCACAGAUCCUGACUUUGAUGACCCGGAAAGUUCCUCUCACCAGAAUAAUAAUUCUGACGAAGAUGUGCGGGUGAGAAGACGAGCAUUACUGCUUGAAGCCACACAGCGGCGGUUGGAUCAAAACUCCAGUUCUUAG